AACAAAUAACAAAUCCCAAGCUUUACGUAAGUGCUCUGUCGUAAAGAGGUUAUAAAUCCGUUCCUUUAUCUUUAUCCGAGUUCUUUAGGAAUCCAGACCGAGUGGGUCCGUAAACAGUUGAAAUUAAACUCGACUUCGGGACGAGUUCGGAUCGAAGCGAAUAAUCACUGACAUGCUUUGGGAAAACGAUGAAACAAAGCCCAACAGGGUUCUUACUAAACCCACUUUAAUGCUUGAAACCUUCAAAAGAAGAACGUUCGUAAGAACGUAGAGAUUCGCAGUGAGACCCCCGCCGAGAAGUUCAGCUCGUGCUGUAGCAGAUCUAUAUCCCGCACACGUCAUCAGCGCUACAAACCCAUUCACCCUGUUCACCUUAAAUAGGCUUUAUUUUGGCAGGGAGGGUGGGGGGGGAUUUUCUGUGCCACAUGCAGACUAAUCCUAAUCCUACAGCCGAGGCAGGACCGAUUUUUAUCGAGCACACAGUAAACACUUUAUAAACACUUAGAAACACUUGGAUAAAUUUGAUCAAAUAUGACACACACACGUGACGGGGUGGUGUGAUGAAGCGGAGUUACUGUUACGACCCUGAAAUUCAUUAUAGUCCCAGAUUGUGCAUGGUAUGUCAGUACUAAUCAGUACUACCUAACCCUAUCAGUACUACCUACCCUUAUCAUUACUUCGCCACACCGUUGCUGAUUAUUUUCCUACAACAGCACGUUCUGUCGUGUUGUAUCCAUUACAUAUUGUAUAGAUUGCCAAUUUACACGUCAACAUUUAUUUAUUUAUUUUUUAAAAUGACUUUCUUGUCAGUUAAAAGAACAGACACACACCCACUUUAACCAGACCAGUGUGUCAAGCAGAACAGAUGAAAAGCACUAAUCAUGUCCCCCUGAAUAGACUGUUGAGCAUUUUCACAGCGUGUUUCUGUCCUGGAUAAACAUGAGUGCUUCCUCCCGGCAGGCCGAGAGCAGAAAGCGGCCGUUGAGUGAAGCGUGAGGAAUUUGGAGUGUAAAUGCUGUCUUUGAGAGCAGGAAUGUGUGUAGAGCAGCUUCCCUUCUCGCUAAUGUCUCUCGUCACUCUCGGGCUGCCUUGCAUGGAGAAACACUGACAGAAAUUGUUUUUAAGUGCUUUUGGCCGUUAUUUUCCUGGCCAUUUUGUGUACAUUUUGUGAAAGCGGUGUAUCAUGAAGCUGGUCUUGGUGGUGUUUUGCUCCCUGUUGUUCUAUACGCUGCUCUUUCAGCUUGUAACGAGUCAAAAGGAGCCGAAGCCAGCCGGAGAUAAGAAGCUAAAAGAGAAGGUGAAGGUGAAGGUGAAGAAAGAGGCUGAGAAGAAGAACAAAAGCAUGUCAGUCAAGAUUAAAGCCACGCCCCCACCCAAGCCCCCGAGUUCCACAGCAGCUCCGCCGUACCUGAAUCGAGUAGUGGGGAAGGGGAAGUUUGAGAAGGUGGGGAAAACGCUGUCGGUCCCUGCAGGGGACACGCUGGAGCUGAGGUGUAAAGGCAGUCGUGUGCAGUGGGACGUCCCGUCUUACCUGCAGGAGGACGAGGAAGGACGACUCAGGACGGUGCAGCACGAGCGAUACGGCGCACUAGUUUUAGCCAAUUCGUCAGGAGCUGAUACAGGAGUGUACACCUGCUACCCGCUGUACUGCGAGGACUCCGAAUGCAGGAAAGAGUACGAUAAAGCCCUCAGAGUCUUCAUCUUCUUCACCGACCCUCAGGAGCUCUUCGUGCCAUCAGCGGAUUAUUAUGAGGUCAUCCAUCUCAGAAGUAACUGGCCUACAGUGUUGCCGUGUCAGGUCACAAAUCCGCAGGCCAAAGUCUCCCUGCACCGUGAGUUCCCACCCAUGGAGGUGAAGGUGGACGGAUCCGAGAUCUCGUACGACGUGACGCGUGGUUUCACCAUCCACAGGCCCAAAGCACAUCACGCCGGCUCUCUGUACUGCGUGGCCAGCAUGGGGAACCUGAGGCAGAGCUCCAUCAAGUACAUGCUCAUCUACGUCCACUACCCGGCUGCUCCUCCUGUCCCCGUGAUCCAGGCCUCGGCUUCCUCAGUGGCUGUGGGUGUGAACCUGCAGCUCUCGUGCACGGUGGUGGGAGAACAGGACGUGGCGGUGGACUUCACGUGGGAGUAUCCUGGACAAAAAAUCGGCCGGCCGCUCUACACGCAGGAGACCGCGCAGACGGUGCAGUUGGACGGACGCAGCCGGCAGCGCUUGCAGUCGGUCCUGCAGGUGGAUGAAGUGAGGGAGGUGGACGAGGGAACCUACACCUGCACUGCCCAGAACCUGCAGGGCUCACGCUCCGUCUCCACCAACGUCAACGUGCAGAAGAAACGCAACGCCACCAAACCACACACAACCUGAGUCACAACUCAUCAUUCGUCAUUCAUAGGACAAGACGUCAGCCAUGUUAGGUGUCCAGAAUCCAUGUGAGUCUAAUGACCACCAGUUCUCCAAAAUGACAUUCUCUGUAUCUCAGACUGAAUUUUUUUUAAAAGUAAAGCAAAAGGUACAAUAAAACAUGUUACAUCACCAAGGGCUGAUUUAGUGAUUUUGGGGGCCCUGGGCAAAAUAUAGAAAUGGGGCCCUCGUUUCAGUGUUUUAACAUCCAUAUUUAAAUUUUCACCAUACUUUAUUUAGCAUUAAUAAUUAAAAACAUAUGUAAUUUGCAUUUUAAGGGGGCCCUUGGCUUCUGGAGGCCAAGUCGGUUGCCUACCAUUGCCUAGUGCUAGCUCCGCCCCUGUACAUCACAUAACUGAAACUUGCAACUCAACCCAAAAUCAGCUUUUUUGAUGAAUAUAUUUGGUCACCCGCCAUUUCUGACCCGCCCAUUUCUCACAGGGUGUCGUGACACGCUCGGAAGAAAAAGCGUAAUCCGCACUCUCAUACGUACGUGAACUCACAGACACUCCUGAUUGGUUAGUAUCACUUUGAUUGACAGGGGAGAGAGAAUAUGCCCCUCCCACCCUGACAGAACAGCCAGUUUUGCUCCUUUGGGAUUCGAACUCAUUAUCUUCGAACUUUUUCCGUGUUCCUCCACUCGUGUUUGAACAUUUUAAAAGCGUACAGAAUUGUAUAUUCUGUGUAUAUAUAGAACGUUUAGUUAUCCAAGGCAGCUGUCAUGUGAACGCAGGAAUCAGCGUUCAACUACGAUUCCCAGAUGACAGUGGUUCACAACACAGGGUUACGACACCCAUCCACCACAGACUCUCUCACGUUCACGUUCACCUGAUUACUGAUCACACACCUGGACUCAAUCACACACUCACUGUAUACAGGGAUUCUCACUAAGAUUAAGGCUCUGGGUGACUGAUCGGAAGGUCGGGGGUUCAAGCCCCAGCAUCACCAAACUCCCACUGUUGGGAUCUUGAGCAAGGCCCUUAACACUCUCGGCUACAGGGGGCGCUGUAUCAUGACUGACCCUGCACUCUAACCACAACUUCCUAACACGCUGGGAUAUGCGAAGAGAAGAACUUCUCUGAGUUCUUCUUCUUCUUCACUGUUACCUGGCCUAGUUCAUGUUGUUUGCUCAUCAAUUGACUCUUACCUGAAUCACGACAUUGCCUUGGAUUGAGUCUCUGUUUUGGCAUUUGGCAGACACUCCUAUCCAGAACGACUUACAUUUUAUCUUUGAAGCAGUUGAGGGUUAAGGGCCUUGCUCAAUUUGAACUCGUGACCUUCCAAUCAGGAAGUUUUGUGUGCCACUCUUAAUAAAACAUUGUGUUCGUACUUGCAUCCUGACAGCAAUGAAUUCCAUCCAUUUUUUGUGCUUUGGCAUUGAUGAUUUAUUUUCUUUUUUCCUUUGUCUUUUUUUUUUUUUUUUUUUUUUGCUUCUGUUGUUUUGUUAUAUUCUGGAUAUUAAGCAGCAGCUGUGUUUAAGUGGUGUAACAGACCUGUACUGAUUCAUGUUUCACUGAUCCAUGCGAUUACCAGCUGCAUUACUCGUGUUAAAUGAAUUUUAUAGGAAAAUGUAUCAUCCUCUCUUCCCAGAUAGUUACAUGAUUUAAGGAAGCAUUUUAUAAAUUAAAAGUUCACUUUUUGUCUGCUCUUUGCUACCAUUUUAUAAUAUAAACCAGCAGUGCAUGACUUUUAUGUAAUAAAGGAUUCAUGAUAAGUAUGAAGAUCUGGUGUUGAUGUCCAGAUACUGGGCAUGAUAACUGUAUAAAAGCUGCACCACCAGCAGGGGGAGACACUGUACUGCUACCAUGAGCUCAGUCUCCAUUUCUGCAUCUAAAACUAAAUUCAAACUAAGACUAUUUAUACGUUUUGUCCUCAUACACCUCAGUUCCUUGAGGAUUCUUUGAUUUCAGCUUCAUAAAGGGGUUCUAGCUGAAUCUUUUUCUGAAUAAGAAACCAAAGAAACCAUUUUAUGUAUUUUUGUCUAAAGCAAACAUAUAUUACAAUUUUAUAAUCAAAAUGGCUUUUU